AUGUCAUUUUAUUGUAAAUAUGUUGAAGGGAUAUUUCAUUUCGUCUGUGCCCUUAUAAAAAGUGUUCGAAGAUUAUCAGAGGAAAGUUUUAAUAACCUUGAAAUGGAUGACGUUGUUUGUGAUGCCUGCUGUUGGAUUGAAGUAGUUAAAGAUGGUAAAAUAGAUGUUGCUGCAUGGCUUCUCAAUUGUGUAUAA